UGCAGGAGAGAAGAAGAAGGAGUAGAGAGGAAGCAGCAGGGAGAGUCAGAGAAGAAGAAGGCUUUUUUUUAACCUCCUUUUUAUUUGGAAUACCUGUGACACACAAACACACACACACACACACACACACACACACACACACACACACACACACACACACACACACACACACCUGACUGAUGCUGGAUGGACGGCCACCAACUCAUCCACCUCCUGCAGUGCACACAGACCGGCCUCUGAGACCAGACAUGCAUUUCUACUAUGUGGGGGACCACACGUGGGCGACCAUGUUGGGUCAGAGUGUGCGGUUGCAGCCGGUGCCGAUCCAGAGUCUGUCGGAGCUGGAGCGAGCCCGGCUGCAGGAAGUGGCUCUGUACCACUUGGAGGAGAGGGACCUGGACUUCAAGAUCAGCAUCCCCAAAGAAAUUCACAAACGGAGGAAAUCUCUACGCAGGAAGUUCGACUCCUUUUCAAAGGAGAAGAAAGAGCGAGAGUCAGCCCCCAAGGCGUUCGGGAUCCCCCUCUCCCAGGUCAUCGCCAACGACCGGGCCUACAAGCUGCGUCAGGACGCCCUGAAGGAGAGCCGGCGGGACUGCCUGGAUCUGGAGGCGUCGGUGUUGCGCUUCAGGGCCGAGAAGAGGCAGUUCUUCAACGGGAACAAGCCGCCGGUCGGCCCGUCAUCCGUCACUGUGGGGGGUAUCUGUGUACCGUCCCCUAACUCCGUGGCACCGGCUCCUUGUUCUGAGGCCCCGAAGAACCCGCUGUCUCCCACGUUCCUGGAUAACACCGGGCGGGGGCAGAGGAGGGGCGGCCUGUCCGUGGACUCCAUCUCCGACCUGGUGGAGAGCCAGUCCCGCCUGCUGGAGGCGCUGCAGCUGUCCCACCCCGCCGAGCUGGAGCUGAAGAAGUCCGCCGAGGAUUCCUCCAAGGGGAGAACCAGAACCCAGAACAAGCUCAGCCUCAACCCCAUCUACAGGCAGGUUCCCCGGGUUCUGGAGAGGUGCUGCAGCCACAUCGAGAACCACGGUCUUCAGACAGUGGGGAUUUUCCGGGUAGGCAGCUCUAAGAAGAGAGUGAGACAGCUGCUGGAGGACUUUGACAGGGGGGUGGACGUGCAGCUCGACGAGGAGCACAGCGUCCACGACGUCGCAGCGCUCCUCAAAGAGUUCCUUCGGGAUAUUCCUGAUCCUCUGCUGUCAAGAGAGCUGUACCCCGCCUUCCUGCACUCUGCCUUGCUUCGGGGGUCGGACCAGCUCCAGUACCUGCAGCACCUCCUCUACCUGCUGCCUCCCUGUAACUGCGACACCCUGCUGCGCCUCCUCAGCCUGCUCCACACCGUGCAGAGCUACGCACAGGACAGCAUAGGGACCAACGACGAGGAGAUCUCCGGGAACAAGAUGACGGCGGCGAACCUGGCGGUGAUCUUCGGUCCGAACCUGCUGCAGAAGGAGCGAGGGGCAGACUCCAGCCCUCUCUCCAUGGGCAUCGAGGACAGCACCGCCAUUAUCAGCGUCACCCUGCUGCUCAUCCAGAACCACAGGAGGCUCUUCACGGUGUCUGCAGAGCUGCAGCAGGAGGUCCUGAUGAGUCUCAUCCAGACCGACCCGGACAUCAUCGACUACCUGCUGCGUCGUAAACUCAGCGGCAGCCACGUGGAGGAGGAGAGCCGCAGUGAGUCGGGGGGGCGUCGGGACACAGGGGCGUCUCUGGACUCAGUGGGGGCCUCCAGUGGGAGUCUUUCUCCCCUGGAGCCGCCCUCACCCCUCUUCCCCCCUGAUGGUAACGGCGGAGAGGGCAGCCUGACCAGCGAGGUGUUCCUCAACGUGCUCAAACUCAACCAGAACUGGAAGAGGCAGGAACCCCGAUACGGUGAGACCCCGUCUCAUAAAUCCAUCCGCCACAUGCGUCAGUUCCACUCCCACCACAACCUGCUCAGCCUGGCCCAGCCUUCCCUGUCCGCCUCCUCCACCUCCAGGCUCCACGGGCCGGACUUCGACCCCCAGGACCGCAGGCCCCCGCUGGGCUCGGCCCUGAGCUUCACCCUGAGCAGCGUGGGCAGCUGCUCCAGCCUGAGCGGCUCCACAGAGAGCAGCAUCUGGGUGAGGCAGACUCCGCAGGAUGAGGGAAAACCUUCCCCGGUGUCCAACUUCUGGGACUUUUUCACCGGGAAAGGGUCCGGCUCAGAGACGAUGGUAUGAUGAAGGGAGAAGAGGAAACGAAUGAAGGAAGAGAAAAGUGUGUGUGUUUGAGAGAGUUUUUUUUUAAAUUGGUCAGACUUCCUGUUACAUUUAAACGAGACACCACUGGGGUUUAAAAACAAAGGUUAUGUGAAUUUCUAGGAUUAAAAACAUGGGGAAAUGAACGUUCUGUGACAUUAUGUGUGAUAUCGGGCUAUAUAAAUCGUCUUUGAUUGACUGAUUGAUGGAUUUCUAAGAUUAAAACAUGUUAAAUGAACCCUCUGCAGCAUAAAGCUUUAACCCUAAAUGUCUUAUUUUACCAUUAGACUUUUCAGGAGCAUACUGUUGCAGAUUUACGAGUUGGAAGCUAGAAUUUCCCCCUUUUUCUAGCAUCUCUUGAAUGCAGCAUAUGUGUGGAUGAAUUUCUGUUUGGGGAAAUGUCAUGAAAUGUUGAUUGUGUCAGAAAACUGAAACUUUUAAGUGCAACUCUCUUGAGUAAAUGAAGCUAAAGAGACGAUAUGAAGGUGGAUGCAGUAAUAUUUGCUUUGUAUAUAAUGUGUACACGAUGUAUUCAUAAUUGUACCUUGUCUUUACUACGUAGAACUGCAUGAGUAUGUGUGUAGCUGCAUGGACUCUACUAUUAAUACCUUGUCUAUACUCAAGACUUCCUUUGGUUUUUGUUGUUUUUACUGUAAAUAUAUUUUGUAAUUCAUAUCAGCAGGUAUUCAAAACAACUACUAUACUACUACUGUUCAUAUUAUGGCUAUAUUUCCUUUAAAAAAGGACCUAUUUUCUCCUGAAUCAGACCCAUUUGAGAUUAACGUGGAGGCAUUACUGUUAGGAUGUUCACACAGGAUAGUUGCCUUCCUUAAUCCACAGGAGGGCGACGUUCACCACAUGAUUUUAACCUCUAAACCUCCUCCUGCUUUUCCUACAGAAGCAUAUCAUGUUGGCCAAAUGUAUAGAUCAUGUUGAAGGUUAGGAUCAUGUACAUAUGUUUGUUUUGUAGUCGAAUCCAUGUUUGUAUUGUUUGUACAGAGAUGUAUCUACACGGUAACGUUGUAUUUCUUCACCUCAAACACACCAGGUGUACAGAGUCCGUCCCUCACGUCCGCAGGUGAAUGUAUCGUCUAUAACUUCUGGAGAAAACAAUAGACGUGUGAUCUUCUUUUAGAACCCAUCAAAGUCUAAACCUAAUCAUGUACCAACUUCCUGCAGAGAUUAAAUGUCAAACUGCC